AACGUUAGCCGGAAUUUUCGUAGCUCCUUAUUGCAAAGAAAAUUUGCACUGUUUGCGUCUGUUUUAAUAAAAGUCAGUAAUUACUUUAUUUCAAAGCUUAAUAUUGAAAUGGAGGAUCGUUAUAAUUCAAGUGCUCAAUUGCUUAAGGAACCAUUAUCAUUUGCUGACCUCAUCGAAAAUGGAGCCCACUUUGAGGUAGAUACAUCCAAUUAUAAUAAUGACUGCUAUGAGGAUUUUAAUGUGGAUGAUGAAGAGGAUGUUGAUGACGAGGAAAUUGAAAACGACGCGCUCGUCUCACCCUGGACACGUUCCUUUGAUGAGCUGCGCCAGCUAAUGAAACCAAUUGGUGAGCACAUCUACAAGCGCAUCACACGAGCGGGCGUCAAGGAGCAGGGCCUGGUGCCGGACAAGGCGCGUGUGGCAUUGCGAUACAGUGGCUACUGGGAGGGGCAGACCGCUCCAUUUGAUUCCUCGAUGCUGCGAGGCACUAAAUUCGAGUUCGAGACGGGUCAGCAGAUGGUGCUGGAGGGUCUCGAGGCGGCCGUACGCACCAUGUACCCCUACGAGCAGUCGGAGUUCAUCAUAUCAUACAAAUUGCUAUUCCUCGAGAUGGGCUGUCCACCGCGCAUUAAACCGCGUGCCGAUGGUCUUUUUAAGAUUGAGGUAAUUGGAUUCACAUUGAUUGGCGAUGAGCAUUCGCUGGAGCGGAUCGCGCCCGAGGAUCGUAUCAAGUUUGCAGUGGUCUUUCCCAAGGCGCAGGAUAUGCAUUUGCACGGCAAAGAUUGUGUGAAGCGCGGCGCCUAUCGCAACGCAGUUGCGGCCUUUGAGCGCGCAAUUGCAUCGCUCAACUAUUGCCGCCUGGCGGAUGAAAAGGAUGAGCUCAAGCAGCAGGAGCUGCUUAUUACGCUAUAUACCAAUCUCAUGGUAUGCAACAACAAGCUGAACAAGCCGGCGAGCGCGUGCAUUGCCAUGAAGGCUCUGCGCCUGCUGACGCGUAAUCAGCCUUCCUGCAAGGCGCUCUUCCAGGAGGGGCGCGCACUGGCCGCCCUCGGCGAAUAUGAGCGCGCACGCCAGGCUUUCGUGCAGGCCCAGGCCAAGCAGCCCAACAACAAGGAGAUCAGCGAAGAGAUCAUCAACAUGGAGCAGCGUGUCAGCAAAUACAAAAAGUCCAUGCGUGAGAUUUGGUCACGUGCGCUCGCCGGCAAACAGCAACCGGAGAAGCGAGCCGACCUAAAAACUGAUGAGGACCUAGCGAAUCAGCAAUUUCGCCGAGAUUUCGAAUUGCAAUUGUCAGAGUUUGAUAAGUCAUCCUUGCAAUCGAUUAAUAUGAAUCGCAAAAUGUACACAGACAAGGAGUUCAAUGUGCUGCGCCUGCUGGCCUCGAAGAACAACAUGAAAUUGAGUCUGUCGCCAUUGGAUGUGGAUCAGCUAACGCUCUCGAAGCUGCAAAUUAAAUAGACGCUACGCAAAUGUCAAAA